CCGGUAUCGGGUGCAGAGCCCGUGGCUGAAAGGAACCGUUUAGGUGCACUGGCCAGGCUUGGGCUUCUGACUCCGGAGAGCUGGGGAGCUGAUCUGACGUGUGUGGACUCCAAGAGAAAGUCUUCCCUGUGGACGCCGAGGGUCUGUCCUCCGCGCUUGGAUUCCUACAGCCCCCAGGGCCGGACCCCCACAGCCUUCCAGGUCCUAGAGCCCCGCAGACGCUGAGCCAUGGCCUCCAUGGGGCUGCAGGUGAUGGGCAUCGCGCUGGCCGUGCUGGGCUGGCUGGGCGCCAUCCUGAGCUGCGCGCUGCCCAUGUGGCGCGUGACGGCCUUCAUCGGCAGCAACAUCGUCACGUCGCAGACCAUCUGGGAGGGCCUGUGGAUGAACUGCGUGGUGCAGAGCACCGGCCAGAUGCAGUGCAAGGUGUACGACUCGCUGCUGGCGCUGCCGCAGGACCUGCAGGCGGCCCGAGCCCUCAUGGUCAUCUGCAUCAUCGUGGCCGUGCUGGGCGUGCUGCUCUCCGUGGUGGGGGGCAAGUGCACCAACUGCGUGGAGGAUGAGAGCGCCAAGGCCAAGACCAUGAUUGUGGCGGGCGUGGUGUUCCUGUUGGCCGGCCUGCUGGUCAUGGUGCCCGCGUCCUGGACGGCCAACACCAUCAUCCGGGACUUCUACAACCCGCUGGUGGCCUCGGGCCAGAAGCGGGAGAUGGGUGCCUCUCUCUACAUCGGCUGGGCCGCCUCGGGCCUGCUGCUGCUGGGGGGGGCCCUCCUCUGCUGCAAUUGCCCGCCCCGCACCGACAAGCCCUACUCGGCCAAGUACUCCGCCGCCCGCUCCGCCCCAGCCAGCAACUACGUGUAAGGCGACUCAGCUCUGUCCCGCCGGCUUUGUUCCUCCCUGGACUGAAGGCACAGCCCGUGAGCCCAGGCUGGCCCCAGGGCUGGGCAAGCGGGGACUGAGCCAGGCCAUUGGUCCGGCAGCCCUCAGCCCCUUCUAGCCCCCUUGGACACCGACCUGAGGCCCCCUCUACUCCAGCAAGGAUGGACAGAAAGAGACUCCUGUGCCACCCUCCGCUGAAGGGCCGGGGGAUACAGGAGAGGGGGCAGAAGUAACAGGUGUGGUGGGGGAGGGGGGAGCAUGCUCCUGCUGGCCAGGACAGCUCAGCCCUGACUUUGCCUGGGCUCUGCCUCCGAGUGCGUGCCCUGCGCAUGCCCGUGUCGGCCAGGAGAUCGGCUGGGGCCUCGCUCACCCACCUGACCGCGGAGCCAGAGUUGACACGGAGUUGACAGACGGGUUUGUAGGGGAGGGGUGAAGAUGCUAUAAACUGGUUUGGGUAGUGGUGGGGAGGAGGCCAUGGAGGCUGCCCAGGCAGCCCGCACCCCUUCCUGCCCCCACCCUGCAGCCUCAGGGCUCCAUCUCAGCAGCCUCGGCAGCAGGACCCCGGGACUCUUGGGACUUGCGACAUCCGCCACCCCUGCCAAGGUCACUGGACAUCCUGGGGACGGCCCCGGGGGCGGUCUCUCCCUGGCCUUCACUCCCAGGAAGUCCUGGGCCUUUUCCCUGCCUCCUCUCUGGUUUCUGUUUUGUAACUUAAGGAGAUCUGUUUGUCAUGGUAAUUACUAUUAUUUUCUACAAUAAAUGGGACCUGUGCA